AUGGUUGAUAGCGAGACAAAUUCGCCCACGUGGAAGUUCACGCAGUGUUUUGGUGACAAGGGCGAUGUUGAGGACAUCACCGAAGCUGAUAUCAUCUCGACGGUUGAGUUCGACCAUACCGGAAACUAUCUCGCUACUGGCGACAAGGGAGGUAGAGUAGUGCUCUUCGAACGAAACGAGACGAAAAAAACCUGCGAGUACAAGUUUCACACCGAGUUUCAGUCGCAUGAGCCCGAAUUCGACUAUUUGAAGUCCCUUGAGAUCGAGGAGAAGAUCAACAAGAUAAAGUGGUGCAGGCGACAAAACGCUUCACACUAUCUGUUGUCUACCAAUGACAAGACAAUCAAGCUAUGGAAGGUGUUCGAGAAGUCGCUCAAGGUUGUGGCGGAGAACAAUCUCUCUCACGAUGUAACUCCUGGGAGCAUUGCAGGUGGUGGCGGUGCUCCCAAGCCUUUACCGUCUCAUCAGUUUAAGAACGCCGCCGACCUAAAGCUGCCUCGGCUCACACAUCAUGACACAGUGGUUGCCGCCGUGCCACGCCGGACAUACGCCAACGCUCAUGCCUAUCAUAUCAACAGCAUCUCGGUGAACAGUGACGGGGAGACCUUCAUCAGCAGCGAUGACUUGCGAAUCAACCUCUGGAACCUCAAUAUUCAGGACCAAAGCUUCAACAUCGUUGACAUCAAGCCUGCCAAUAUGGAGGAACUUACUGAAGUGAUCACAGCAGCCGAAUUCCACCCCAUGAGCUGCAACUGGUUCAUGUAUGCCAGCUCUAAGGGCACCAUCAAGCUUGCUGACAUGCGAGAGAGUGCUCUAUGCGACCAGCAUGCGAAACUAUUCGAGCAAGAAGAAGACCCCUCGUCGCGAUCCUUCUUUUCCGAAAUCAUCUCCUCUAUCUCAGACGUCCGGUUCUCACAUGACGGCCGAUACAUCUUAUCUCGCGAUUACCUCACCGUAAAGAUUUGGGAUAUCAACAUGGAGCGACAGCCUGUAAAGACGAUACCGAUCCACGAGCAUCUCCGACCACGAUUGUGUGACACAUACGAGAACGAUAGUAUAUUCGACAAGUUUGAAGUUGUUUUCUCUGGUGAUGCGAAGAAUGUUAUGACGGGCAGUUAUAAUAACAAUUUCAUGAUCUAUCCUUCAGACCCUGAAAAGGAGGUCGAGGUGGUCCUUCAGGCGGACAAGUCGGCUUUCAAGGCGAAGAAGGUUGGUGUGCCCACACCAAUCAACGCUUCGACAAGCCCAACAGCCACCAAUGGCAAAAAGAGUGGUUCUAGGGCUGGCAGUCCAGGCGGUCAGGGCCAGCGAAUGCGUAAGGAGACAGACGCGGACCAGAUCGAUUUCAACAAGAAGAUCCUGCACAUGAGUUGGCAUCCCUUCGAGGACAGCAUUGCAAUUGCAGCUACGAACAAUCUCUUUGUCUUCUCGGCACUCUAG